UCGAAAAAGAUUGCCCAUACUUUAAAAGCAAUAUAUCUAAAUAUAUUUUAAUAUAUUUCCUCUUAAUUUAAUUCUCUCGUUCGCGCGCAGACUUUGCUGUCCUCAGACGAGGUCUCCUUUCACUACUUCUCUCGCUGACCUAAAUAAACCGUUAAACGAGGUGCCGAAAUUGAUAACACCGCUGCCUUUUGAAGAGAAUAAUAAUAAUAAUAAUAAAAUAUAUAAAUAAAUAAAAAUUAUCGACUGCUUGUGAAGUGUCUCCGGAUCGCGUCUAGACGUAAGAAUUAAAACACGAGUACUCUCAUUUAGCCGUGCGAAUUGUGCAAUCAAUUAGGGAACCUACUUUCGCUAUUCACCGCUUGCAGCAUUUACUUUACUCAACGUUGUUGCAGUUGUUGUUUGUGUUGAAGAAAAAUGUCUGAAGAACCGACCGAAACUGCUAACAUGUCUGAAGAAACUGCAGUGGAGAAAAUGGAUUCUGGUAAGCAUCCUUCCGAAGAGAGCACCAUGCCAUUAGAAGCUAAACGCCCCCGCAACUCUGAGACUGUGGAGCCAACAUCACCAACUUCUGAAAAGAAAGCAGAGGCUGGAAAACUCUGGGGUGGUAGAUUUUCUGGGAAAAUUGAUCCUAUCAUGGAAAAGUUCAAUGCCUCUAUUAGUUAUGAUAAACGAAUGUGGGAAGAGGACCUUCAGGGCAGUGUGGCUUAUGCGAAGGCCAUCCAGAAAAUUGGACUGCUUUCUGAAAAAGAAUGCGAUCUCAUCGUUGAGGGACUUCACAAGAUUCUUAUUGAAUGGAGAGAAAAGAAAUUUGAGCUGCAUCGCUCUGAUGAAGACAUACAUACGGCAAACGAGCGUCGCUUGAAGGAGCUUAUCGGUGAAGUUGGUGGGAAGUUACAUACAGGUCGAAGCCGAAACGACCAAGUUGCCACUGAUAUUAGACUCUGGAUGAAAAAGGCCAUCAAACAACAAAGAAAAUACUUAAAACAACUCAUUACAAUCUUCCUUGAUCGUGCUGAAAGGGAAAUUGAUGUCCUUAUGCCUGGCUACACUCAUAUGCAGAGAGCCCAACCUAUUCGAUGGAGCCAGUGGUUACUAAGUUUUACCUGGAUGUUGCAACGAGAUGUUGAUCGUUUUCUACAACUGUAUAAACGAGUCGACAAGCUACCUUUGGGCAGUGGUGCCAUUGCUGGACAUCCAUUUGGUGUUGACCGAGACUUUUUGGCUAAAGAAUUGGGCUUCUCCGACAUUACUGGGAACAGCUGUGAUGCUGUGAGCGAUCGGGAUUUUGUAAUUGAGUUCAUGUUCACAUCCUCCCUCAUAUCAACUCACCUCAGCCGCUGGGCCGAAGAUCUGAUAAUCUACUGCACUAAAGAGUUCAAUUUCAUCUCCUUGUCCGAUGCUUACAGUACCGGAAGCAGUUUGAUGCCACAGAAGAAGAAUGCUGACAGUUUGGAAUUGAUACGUGGCAAAUCUGGCAGAAUCUUUGGCUAUUAUGCCGGUUUCAUGAUGACCAUGAAAGGAACACCAAGUACCUACAACAAAGAUUUCCAGGAAGACAAAGAAGCCGUGUUUGAAGUUCAUGACACCAUGAGUGGGUUACUUCAAGUGGCUGCUGGGGUACUGCAAACCCUCACCAUCAAUGCUGAAAAGAUGGAAGCAGCUCUGAGUCCAGACAUGUUGGCUACAGACCUUGCCUACUACUUAGUUAGGAAAGGGAUCCCAUUCCGUGAGGCUCAUUCCCUCUCCGGGAAGUGUGUGUCUUUGGCUGAAGAGAAGCAGCUUCCGCUUUCCUCUCUAACUCUCAAAGAUCUGAAAACCGUAAAUUCUUCCUUCGACUCGGAUGUGCAGAACGUGUGGGACUACAAACACAGCGUGGAACAGUACAAGAGUCACGGAGGAACAAGCUGGGAAAGUGUUUCAUGGCAGAUUAAACAACUCCGCCUUUGGCUGAUGAAAGUUUAAAGUUAUUGAACUCACCCUGUGCGCUCCACCCCACCCUCGCCUCCUUCUCCAUUUUAAAUUCGUCCAUGGAAGUUUUGUCAAAAUUCAUUAUGAAAAACGAUUAGAAAUUUUUUUUUUUUUUAAAUUACAAUUAAGAGUAAAUUUUUAAAUUCAUUAUACUGUCCUUGCAAAAAAAAAAAUCUUCCA